GACGUGACGUCAUCAGGUGUUAUGUGUUUCAGGUGUGGGGAUGUUAUGUCGAAUAGAAAGUUUACAAUUUGUAUUUUGUGACACAAAUUAGAAAGGAUUUAAAAAAAUCCACGUUUCUAAAUACUUGUUUAGACGCAGAUUUCCAUAAAUAUCGGAAAUCAUGAGUUAUCCGAAUGUUACUAGUUCUGGUAUUCCUCGGAUUAUGGUUUUUCAACCAAAUUUGGAAGAGAUGAAGGAUUUUCCAAAAUAUAUUGAAUAUAUGGAAUCUAAAGGAGCUCAUAAAGCUGGUCUAGCAAAGAUUAUUCCACCGAAAGAAUGGUGUCCUCGGAGAAGCGGUUAUGAUGAUAUUGAAUUAGUUAUUCCAGCUCCAAUAUCUCAAGUUGUUACUGGUCGUCAGGGCAUGUAUCAACAAUAUAAUAUUCAAAAAAAGGCAAUGACUGUUCAAGAAUUUAAAAAAUUAGCUGAAAGUGAAAGAUAUGCUACUCCACCUCACUUUGAUUAUGAUGAUUUAGAAAGAAAGUAUUGGAAGAAUAUUACUUAUAAUUCACCAAUAUAUGGUGCUGAUAUUUCUGGUUCAUUAUAUGAUGAAGAUGUUGAGGAUUUUAACAUAAAUCAUCUGAAUACUAUCUUGGAUCUUGUCAAUAAAAAAUAUGGUAUUCGAAUUGAAGGAGUUAAUACUGCAUAUUUAUACUUUGGAAUGUGGAAGACAACAUUUGCUUGGCAUACAGAAGAUAUGGAUCUUUACAGUAUCAAUUAUUUACAUUUUGGAGCUCCAAAAUCUUGGUAUGCCAUACCACCUGAACAUGGACGUCGUCUGGAAAGAUUGGCUGCAGGAUUUUUUCCUGGUAGUUACCAAGCAUGUUCUGCAUUUUUGAGACAUAAAAUGACACUUAUUUCUCCUCAAGUGUUAAAGCAAUACUCCAUUCCAUUUAAUAAGAUAACUCAAGAACCUGGAGAAUUCAUGAUUACAUUUCCAUAUGGAUAUCAUGCUGGUUAUAAUCAUGGUUUCAAUUGUGCUGAAUCAACCAAUUUUGGAAUGCCACGUUGGAUUGAAUAUGGAAAGCGAUCUUUACAGUGCAUGUGCAGGAAAGAUUGUGUUAAAAUUAGCAUGGAUGUUUUUGUUAGAACUUUUCAGCCAGAUCGAUAUGAAAUGUGGAAACAAGGUAAAGAUAUUGGAUCUCAUCCUGAAUACCCUUCUCGGUGUUCAGCUGCUCCUCCUCCUGUGAAAAUUGAAUCUGAUGAAAAAGAUGGGAGGAGAAAAUAUAAAACAGAAGCUAUUGCAAAUACUACUGUUUCAAAAAGACAUCCAAUUUCACAUAUUCAAAAUAAAAAAGAGAAAAAAGGAAGUAAACAGAAAUGUGAAAGUGAAAUUGAUCAAGAAAAAGAAAAACAAAAGACCAAACUUGACAAUGAUAUUAAUUUGAAACCAAAGAGAAAAAAGAGAUUGAAAUUAGAUAAAUGUAAAACUGCUGCUGAUAAAGUUAAAGAGAAGAAGCAUAAAAAGAAAUUGAAUGAGACUGGAAGAUCAAAAAAAGUUAAGUGUUCAAGUUCAUUAUUGGGAAAGAGUAAUUCUUUGCAAAAAUUCCCAAAAUCACGUGAUAUAUCAAAAUUUAAAACCGUUUCAGAUAUGUGGUUGUGUGAGAAAUCAAUUUUGAAUAAGUUGAAUUCUUCUGAAAUGAAAUGUAAUACGCCGUCUCACGAUAAUAAAAAUACAAAAUCUUCAGUGAUGGAAUUUAGAUUAGGAAAUCUAAUUGAUAAAGAGAUUCAGAAUUCAUUUAUAAAUAGUAAUGGAAAUUCUGUUAAUUAUUCUGAAUCAUCUACAUUGCAAGAUACUGUUAAAAAGUUACAGUUGCAUUUAUCAAAUGGAAAAUCUGUGCCCUAUGUUGCGAAUACCAUAGCAAAUACCAAUUCAGUGUCAAAAACAAAUUUAAUCAAAACUGAUGUGUCAACAGUAAAUUAUUCAUCACCAUCUUAUAUGCCACAAACAGUGUUAUCCUUCCAUCAGUAUGCAAAAUUAUCACAAACUCAGUUUUGUAAUACUGUGGUACCUGAAGAAACUAAAAACAAACAUCAAAAAUCCGUGAUUUUAUUGCCAUUUGGAAUUGUAAAUAGUUCAGAUAACAGUUCACCAGUUAUUUUAACUACUAGUAAUGCAAAUAAAGAAGUAGCAAUUAGUGUUUUGACUCAAUCACAAAAAAAUGUAAAUUCUGUUCUCAACUCAUCUGACAGUGUUUUUACAACUCAGUCUAAAGUGCCAUUGCUGCAUCACACAAAAACUGUACCAAUGGAAUCUUCCCAAUUUAUUUCUCAACAACCUGUUCCAUUUUUAUCUCAGUCAUCAUCAAUGGCUCAGGUUAUUAAGUCAUUAUUAGAGAAAAAAUUAGAAGUGCCUCAUUCCCAAAAUUGUUCAAGGCCAAACAGUCCAACUCUCUCGGAAUAUACAAUGAAGAAUAGGGAAACGGUAAUUGUUAAAAAUCCACAAGCAUUACCUCAGUUAUUGCAUAAUUAUACCUUGCCAACAUCAAAAAUACAUUUAGAAGAGAAAAAUGUUAUCGAAUUGGAUAUAAUAAACAAAAAAGAAUUAGAAAAUAAUUCUAAUCUUAAGAAAAAGAAAGUUUUUGGAAAAAGGCGUAAUUCAAUAAGAACAAAUUCUCAAGCUAUUAAAACCGAGGAAUUAAAUGAUCAAAUGCCUUUUGUGCUGGAAAAAAAGAAUUUAGAUGAAUGGGCAAAGCCAGUUUUUGAUCUUUGGCAAUGUCAACAACAUAAUUUUAAAGCUGAAAAAAAUUUUAAUAGUCACUGUUCAAAUGUUGAACCUCAUUGUUCAAUAUGUAUAGUAUUUAAAGCUUUAAGAUUCAAGGAAGAUGAACUUAAUACUGCUUCAGAAUUGCAUGUUCCAUCACAGAGUCCAGUUUGGAUGCCUAGUAUGUGUUUUGAUGCCAAUUAUGAAACACCAGAUUUUUUUGAUAAAAAUCUACUUUUGGAAACGGAUGGCACCUCUCCACUUUACAUAUGUACAAAUUGUAAAGUGUGCGUUCAUGCAACAUGUUAUGGCAUUACUGCAGAAUAUGAUUCUUCAUCAUGGAAAUGUGCAAGAUGUAUAUCAAAUGCAAUAGAUGCUGAAUGUUGUUUGUGUGUAUUACGAGGUGGUGCUUUAAAGCCAACUACUAAUGGACGAUGGGCUCAUGUUUUGUGUGCUAUUUUAAUACCAGAUGUGAGUUUUGUGGAUAUUGUCAAAAAGGAACCCGUAGAUAUUAGUAAAGUGACUAGAGCUCGUCAAAAAUUGAAAUGUUCGUACUGCCAUAAAAUGUUCAGUAACUUUAAUUUAGUAAAUGGAAUUUGCAUACAGUGUUCAGCAGGGAAGUGUUCAUUAUCUUUUCAUGUGACUUGUGGUUAUAUGGCAGGUGUUACAUUUGAAACGUGUGAUUGGCCUGUACCUGUAUAUAUAACAUGUACUCGUCAUACAGCUAAUAAAGAAAAGAUGUAUAACAGAAAUUUAAGUGAAGUACAGAUUGAAGACAAAGUAAUUGCCAAACAUAAAAAUGGAAGAUAUUAUCAUUGUGAAGUAAUUGAUAAAUAUGUGCAAGAUUUUUACUCUGUUGAUUUUGAAGAUAGUUCCUAUAGUGACAAUCUUCUUCCAGAGGAUAUUAAGAGUCGAGAUUGUCUAACUCUCGGGCCACCUCCAAUCAACGAAACAGUACAGGUCUUAUGGACGGAUGGAAAAAUAUAUAAUGGUCUCUUUAAAGGUGUUCAAACUCAUGUGAUGCAUCAGAUUGAAUUUGAGGAUGGAUCAGAAGUAACAUUAAAAAGACAGGAUUUCUAUAGUUUGAAAGAAGAUUUACCAAAAAAAGUUAAAUCAAGACUGUCUGAAGCAACUGAAGUUCAGCAUAAAAAUAUAUUCGAAGAAGAAACGGUCGGAGGUAAACGACUCCGGGUGUCCAACAGCAAGUACAAAUCGGACAGUAUUCUUCCUUUAUAACUCAAUGAUAAUAUGCAGAUUAAUUUUGAUUAUUAUUCGUCAUUAUUCAACAAAUUCUAAUCAGUCAGUUACGAUAAAUCUGCAUUUGUCAUAAAUCAUACUUUAUAUUUUUUAAAUGUCUUCAAACCAUCGCCUCCACCGAAAUGUAAAUAUAUCAUUCGUAUCAUUAUGAAGCUAAAUGAUAUACCAAAGUCAGUUUUGUAUUUAAUUUUCAUUUAUUAUAAGUUUUGUAUAAUUUAUUUAUGAAAUAUUCUGCAUGUUUGAACAUAGAUGAUAAAUGUUAUUGAAAAAUAUCUUAUCACGAUUGUAGAAAAUUCGGACAUAUACUUAACCGAUCAGAUUUUUCAUAUCAUGCUGAUUUUAUAUGAUCAAAAAAUACUGAUUAUCAGAUGAAAACUAUGCAUAUGUCUUGAAAUAAUGAGCAAUAUUCCAAACAAUGCAAUUCGUUAAGUGCAAAAAGUUUGUAGAAUUAUUAUACUGUAUAUGUAUUUGUAAUGUUAUUUUCUUCCCACUAUUACUAUUCUUUAGUUUAAUGUCGACUGAUCUUUUUAACUAGUUUCUUCUUGUAAUAAUUUCAUUUUGUAUAUGAACUCAAAAAAUGUCCUUUUUAGGACUUAUUAUUGUAAAA